AUGAUCAAGCUGCACACUUAUGCGGGGUUUAGUUUGUUUGCUACACUGGCUGUAGUUUAUCAUGCUUUCAAUAGUAGAUUACAGUUCUACCCGGCAAUGGUUUACUUAUCAACCUCCAAGAUCAGUCUGGUGCUGCUUCUCAACAUGGGUCUUGUUAUCAUGUGCAUUUUGUGGCAGCUAACGAAAAAAGUCUUCCUUGGUUCCCUCCGAGAAGCGGAGGUUGAGAGGCUGAAUGAGCAAUCUUGGCGGGAAAUCAUGGAAAUACUUUUUGCCAUCACUAUUUUUCGCCAGGACUUUUCAGUUACAUUUCUUGCCAUGGUUACUACUCUUUUAUUGAUUAAGGCUUUGCAUUGGUUGGCUCAGAAGCGAGUUGAGUACAUUGAAACUACUCCGUCUGUGCCCAUGUUGUCUCACAUCCGCAUUGUUUCUUUUAUGGGUUUCCUUCUUCUUUUGGAUUCUGUAUUUCUGUACAAUUCAGUGAAGUAUUUGGUACAAACAAGGCAGGCUUCGGUUUCUCUCUUCUUCUCAUUUGAGUACAUGAUACUGGCAACAACAACAGUGUCAACAUUUGUAAAAUAUGUUUUUUACAUUAGCGACAUGCUUAUGGAAGGACAAUGGGAAAAAAAGGCUGUGUACACCUUUUACUUGGAACUUAUUCGGGAUUUGCUCCAUUUGUCUAUGUACCUGUGCUUCUUUCUCGUGAUUUUCAUAAACUAUGGUGUGCCUUUGCACUUGAUUCGGGAGCUUUAUGAGACGGGCCGUAACUUUAAGAGCCGUGUUGCUGAUUACAUGCGAUAUCGGAAGAUCACUUCGAAUAUGAACGAUCGCUUUCCAGAUGCAACGCCUGAAGAACUCGAUGCAAGUGAUGCAACCUGCAUUAUUUGUCGUGAAGAGAUGAUUACAGCCAAGAAACUUAUAUGCGGGCAUCUUUUUCAUGUGCAUUGUCUUCGGUCUUGGUUAGAGAGGCAACACACAUGUCCUACUUGCAGAGCCUUAGUUAUACCUCUUGAAAACGCGACAACUACAGCUGGAUCACGUGCUGACAUUCCUCAGCAUGGUACGGGCACGGCAAGUGCAUCUUCUCAGGGUUCGGCUGCUGAUGGCAUGUCAAAUGGUAAUAUCAGCCGACAUCAAGCCAGACUCCGAGCAGCUGCCGCAGCUGCCUCAGUAUAUGAGAAAUCUUAUGUUUAUCCUUCCCCAAAUACUGUUGUGUGGUCACCUGGAUAUGGUUUACUUCCUCAGGCAUCCAAAACUGUGACCGACUCUACCAGUACCUCUUCUGGUGGCGAGCAGGUUUCCACUGGACAGUUACAGCAUCACCAAUUUUCCAUCCCUGGUGGACUUGGAAACAUGCCUUUUGCUAAGUUUCCAGGUGCUUUCGUCCCUUUUCAGGCUCCUGGUGCUAAUGUGAAUUAUGGAGAGGGAUUGUGGAGCAAUCUAAGUGCCUCAGACUCUCAGUUGGAAGCUCAUAAGAAAAAUCUUCAGCACCAAAUUGAGGCCUUGAAAAACCAGCUUGAACUUUUACAGAAACAAUAUGGCGAUAAAAGCAUGGACACAAGUCUAACAGCAGUGUCCGAUAGGAAGGGAAAGAAAGUUUCAAUGUCACCAUCAUCUGUCUCAGACUGCGGUCAACCUGAGAAUACCGAAUAG